AUGGCCCAGCAAAGCAUGGCCGAGAGCGUGGGGCUCACGCUCCCCCUGCCCGCAUUCUCCGGUAGGAUCAAGACAUUCCCUGGCCCCCAGGCCACACCCGCAUUCACACAGCAGCGAGCCGCCGAGGUCCAGCGGGAGGACCAGAGACAGAACCCGCGCCGCCUCCUUAUCUACACCGACGCAUCGAAGGAGGCGUACCAGGUGCACAAGAGGGACAUUUACACCGGUGAAGCCGUCGUGGAGUGGCACACAAAGCUGAGCAUUGCGGUGGGAUGGCAGGAGUGGAAUGACAGGACUGGGAGGAUGGAUUGGAAGGUGAUGACACAAGACAUGACUCACCAGCUCCUCCGCGGCACCUGGAAGGUGGACCGGCUGGAAUUCGAAGCGCUCAAAAUCGGCGUCGCCCACGUCGCGGGUCCAUUCUCCAAGGGCAUCAGCCCCAGCGCAGACGAGCACGGCAACCGCAUCGGAUCCCACUCAGACUCGUGGGUCGAGGAAACUGGACCAAACAUCACCGAAGUCGCCGUCUUCACCGAUUCCGACAAUGCUCUGAGAUUCGUCAGAGCUCCGAGGAGACGGUUACGACGAGUAGAAGCCUUCUACGGUGUAGAGUUCGCCUUCCGUCGCCUCAGAAGCGCAUCCCAGGACUUGAUCAAUUAG